ACUUUGUGGCGGAGAGAGAUGACUGGAGCAUAAAGAGGAGCUACAAGGAUCACACACAAUAUUUCACAGUGGGCUGUCCAUUCUUGUAUGUGGUCACCUUUAUAAUGGAGAAAGCUGCACUGAUGCUGUUUUAUUGCCUGCUCACGUCUACAUCAGGAUCCCCACUGUACCCAUCCAUCAGGUUUGGCCAGAGGGACACGUCGAUCCUAAUGACAUCAUCUCUAAAGAAUCCACUGCAGCUUGAAGACACAAGUUCUUCCCAAGAGAGAGCAGAGUUACGUUUGGCUCGCCAUGCAGACGCCAUCUUUACAAACAGUUAUAGGAAAGUGUUGGGCCAAAUCUCUGCCAGGAAGUUCCUUCAGACCAUCAUGGGCAAACGUCUCGGAGAUGAAAGUGCGAGUUUUAUGAAACGCCAGUCCGACGUGUAUGAAGGAACAUAUAAAGAAGAUAUGACAUCCAUCCAGAGCAAUCAGAGGUACGGGAGGACUUCAUGAAAUGGCGUCAGGUAAACAGAAGACGCAAGCAAACAAACACACAGCAGGAAGACCU